ACGCAUGCGCGCACGCGGCUGGUCGGGCUGGGCUGAGAGGGGAGGGGGCGGCGGCGGCGGCGGCUGAGGCGUCGUCGUUAUUUCCGUGCUUCGGACGGUGCGUGGCGGCGCGGGUGACCACGGGAGAAGUAGGCAUAAUGGUUAUGAAAGCUUCUGUAGAUGAUGAUGAUUCAGGAUGGGAGCUCAGUAUGCCAGAAAAAAUGGAAAAAAGCAAUACAAGCUGGGUGGACAUUACCCAAGAUUUUGAAGAAGCUUGUCGAGAAUUAAAGUUGGGAGAACUGCUUCAUGAUAAGCUAUUUGGUCUUUUUGAAGCAAUGUCUGCUAUUGAAAUGAUGGAUCCCAAGAUGGAUGCUGGCAUGAUUGGAAACCAAGUUAAUCGAAAAGUUCUCAAUUUUGAACAAGCUAUCAAGGAUGGCACGAUUAAAAUUAAAGACCUCACCUUGCCUGAACUGAUAGGGAUAAUGGAUACAUGUUUUUGCUGUUUGAUAACUUGGUUAGAAGGCCAUUCCUUGGCACAGACAGUAUUUACGUGCCUUUACAUUCAUAAUCCAGAUUUUAUAGAAGAUCCUGCCAUGAAAGCUUUUGCCCUGGGAAUCUUGAAAAUCUGUGACAUUGCAAGGGAAAAAGUAAAUAAAGCUGCUGUUUUUGAAGAGGAAGAUUUUCAGUCAAUGACUUAUGGAUUUAAAAUGGCUAACAGUGUGACAGAUCUUCGAGUUACAGGCAUGCUAAAAGAUGUGGAGGAUGACAUGCAACGAAGAGUAAAGAGUACUCGAAGUCGACAAGGAGAAGAAAGAGAUCCAGAAGUUGAACUAGAACACCAACAAUGUUUCGCAGUAUUCAGCAGAGUGAAAUUUACUCGAGUGUUGCUGACAGUGCUUAUAGCCUUUACUAAGAAAGAGACCAGUGCUGUUGCAGAAGCUCAAAAAUUGAUGGUUCAAGCAGCAGAUCUUCUUUCUGCCAUUCAUAAUUCAUUGCAUCAUGGCAUCCAGGCCCAGAAUGAUACUACAAAAGGAGAUCAUCCAAUUAUGAUGGGUUUUGAGCCCCUUGUUAACCAGAGACUACUUCCACCAACUUUCCCUCGAUAUGCGAAAAUAAUUAAAAGGGAAGAAAUGGUCAACUAUUUUGCCAGAUUAAUAGAUAGAAUAAAAACUGUCUGUGAGGUUGUGAAUUUAACGAAUUUACAUUGUAUCCUGGAUUUUUUCUGUGAAUUUAGCGAACAAUCACCGUGUGUUCUUUCAAGAUCUCUGUUACAAACCACUUUCCUGGUGGAUAACAAAAAGGUCUUUGGAACUCAUCUCAUGCAAGACAUGGUGAAAGAUGCGCUUCGAUCUUUUGUAAGUCCUCCGGUGCUCUCUCCCAAGUGCUGCCUAUAUAAUAAUCACCAGGCUAAGGACUGUAUCGACUCCUUUGUUACUCAUUGUGUUCGGCCAUUCUGUAGUCUUAUUCAGAUCCAUGGGCAUAACAGAGCUCGACAGAGAGAUAAGCUUGGUCAUAUUCUUGAGGAAUUUGCCACCUUGCAGGAUGAGGCAGAGAAGGUUGAUGCAGCACUUCACACUAUGCUGUUGAAACAAGAACCCCAAAGGCAACAUUUGGCCUGUUUAGGUACCUGGGUCCUUUACCAUAACCUUCGAAUUAUGAUACAGUAUCUUCUAAGUGGCUUUGAAUUGGAACUCUAUAGCAUGCACGAGUACUACUACAUAUAUUGGUAUCUCUCUGAAUUCCUUUAUGCAUGGUUGAUGUCAACAUUGAGUCGUGCUGAUGGCUCUCAAAUGGCAGAGGAAAGGAUAAUGGAAGAGCAGCAGAAGGGCCGCAGCAGUAAAAAAACAAAGAAAAAAAAGAAAGUUCGCCCAUUGAGCCGAGAGAUCACAAUGAGCCAGGCAUAUCAGAACAUGUGUGCUGGAAUGUUUAAAACCAUGGUAGCAUUUGACAUGGAUGGCAAAGUACGCAAACCCAAGUUCGAGCUUGAUAGUGAACAAGUCCGGUAUGAGCACAGGUUUGCUCCAUUCAACAGUGUGAUGACACCACCGCCAGUGCACUACCUACAGUUCAAGGAAAUGUCUGACCUCAAUAAAUAUAGCCCUCCUCCUCAGUCUCCGGAACUGUAUGUGGCAGCUAGUAAGCACUUUCAGCAGGCAAAAAUGAUACUGGAAAAUAUCCCAAAUCCAGACCAUGAGGUCAGUAGAAUAUUAAAGGUUGCCAAACCCAACUUUGUGGUUAUGAAGUUAUUGGCAGGAGGACACAAAAAGGAAUCUAAGGUUCCUCCUGAGUUUGAUUUUUCUGCUCACAAAUAUUUUCCUGUUGUGAAACUUGUUUGAGAGAGACUGAGAAGGUGACUAUAAAGGGGCAGUCUAUUUGCAGACCCCACUCUCAAAGGGUAUGUGCACCAGUGUCCAAAUAACGGGAAAUGAAAUGGAUUUCUUGGAUAACACCCCAUUAUAAGGAAUACUUUUAGUUUGACAGCCUUAUAUGAUGUGAAUGAAAACUGCUGUUUUAAAGUGGUUUAUCAUGUUCCAUGGAUGAAACUGAUCUUGAAUGCACUGAUGAACGUUAUGUGGUUUUAUUACAGAUUUAAUCAUAAAUCACUUUUUAUGAAUGAUUGAGUGAAAAUAGUGUUUGUAAAGGUUAAUAAAUUUCUUGACAAAAAUGCA